CUGCCAAAAGCUUCCUUACAGCUCCCCUUUGCAGGUCCUCCCUCUUCUCUUUUGCUAUUUCUUCUUCCUUCCACUCCAUAAAGCUUCUCACUUUUACCCUCCCCCUCCCACUCUCCCCCCUCUAUCUCUCUCUAAAUCUCAACCUUCUACACAUUCAAAUCCUCACUCACUUCAGCUCAGUGGUACUAAUUUUUCUACACGCUCUCGCCGUCGAUUCUUGAUGUUGCUUCAGACCAAACCCAAAUCGCCGAUUUCAGUUCUUCUGCCUCAAAAUCCAUGACAACCUUCCAACCCAUCUCGUCCGUACACUCAACGGUCAAAUUUUCAGAGCAAAUAACCACCGUGACAAAACCCAUGAUCCAGGAACCCGAUAACCCGACUCGUAUCCCGCCAAAGCUCGUCCGGAUCAUACUUACGGAUGCCGACGCCACCGACUCCUCCAGCGACGACGAAGACAGAAGCGUGCGCAGAGUCAAACGACAUGUUAGACAGAUCAGCCUAGAGCACUCCUCGCCUUCCUCUUCCUCUCCUUCAUCUUCGUCGUUGGUUUCUUCGGGUCAGUCAAAGCGGGCGAGGAAAGACUCGCGACCCGGAUCGAAGUCACCGGAAACGGCCGCGGAUCUCCUGAAAAAGUUUAGAGGUGUCCGGCGGAGGCCUUGGGGUCGCUGGGCCGCGGAGAUCCGAGACCCGACCCGAAGAAAACGGAUCUGGCUCGGGACCUUCGACACGGCGGAGGAAGCCGCCACUGUUUACGACAGAGCUGCCAUCUUGCUCAAGGGUCCUGACGCCGUCACCAACUUUUCUAACGCCGUUAUAAAGGAGGAAACAGUCGUUGGCGAUUUGACGGCCCCAGCUGCGGAGCAGGGAUGUGGGUGUGUAACUCCCUCGUCCAGCGAGGCUCUCUCGUCGCCUACUUCAGUUCUUCGUUACGGUGACCAAACGCCGUUUGAUGGUUUAAGUUACGGAUACGCCGACGCCUUCGAAUUUGAUUUCGGCUUGCCGUUGAGCUUGCCGGAUAUCAUGUUGUCAAGUAACAGCUUUGCACGCGACGAGUUCGGCGAGUUUGAUGUAGACGAUUUCUUGGCUGACGUCGUAUGUUGAAUCCAACAGUAUUAUACACGUGUUGACUCCAGUUGAGGCACGUGGAUGUUAGAGGAGUAUUUUGUAAUUUCACUUGCUACUGUGUUGCAAGUUGCAAGUGAAGUGUUAAACUUUGCGAAUUUGCGAGUUGCAAGUUGCAAUUGAAGUGAGUUUUGUUACGUGGCACAAGCAGUACUUGGAAUACCGAUAAUACCCUAGGGAGUGUGAGAUACGAGGAGUAUGAGUAAAGCCGAUUCUAAUAUAUACGGCGAUUUUGUGAGAACCCUUUUGUACUUUUCUUUUAAUUUUAAAUUAUUGGUGUUUAAUUGUAAUUAAACACGGAUUAUUAUAAAUUUUUAUUUGUAUUGUCAAUGAGAAUAAAAGUCUUUUUCUUA